AUGCCCCCUCCACCCAUCGAAAAAGCCUGGUGGAAAGAAGCCGUCGUCUACCAGAUCUACCCAGCAAGCUUCCUCGACAGCAAUGGCGACGGCCUGGGCGACAUUCCGGGAAUCAUCAGCAAAAUCCCCUACAUCAAAUCACUAGGAGUGGACACAAUCUGGCUCUCACCAAUAUUUGCAUCCCCCCAAAAAGACAUGGGCUACGAUGUCGCAGACUACCGCUCCAUCCACGCGCCCUACGGCACAGUCGCUGAUGUUCAAAAGCUCAUCGACGAGCUCCACGCCAACAAUGUCCGCAUCCUCAUGGAUCUCGUCGUCAACCACACAAGCGAUCAACACGCCUGGUUCAAGGAGUCCCGUGCCUCCAGAUCCAGCUCCAAACGCGACUGGUAUAUCUGGCGUGACCCCAAGUACGACGAGCAAGGGAAUCGGAAGGAGCCGAAUAAUUGGAAAUCGAUUUUCGGAGGUAGUGCUUGGGCAUAUGAUGAGCCUACAGGCCAAUACUACCUGGCACUGUUCCUGCCUAGUCAACCGGAUCUAAACUGGGAGAAUGCAGAUAUGCGCGAAGAGGCAUAUAAUGAUAUGCGCUUCUGGCUUGAUCGCGGCGUGGAUGGAUUCCGCAUCGACAGUAUGAAUCUUAUGUCGAAACAUCCUAAUCUACCGGAUGGGAAAGUGGUGACCGAUGAACCAUAUCAGUCCGGUGCAGAGUUUUUUGCUUCAGGCCCAAAGAUGCACGAUUACAUUCGCGAGAUGAGGACGAAAGUCUUUGAUAACUACGAGGUCAUGUCGGUCGGCGAGCUGGGGUUCACAAAAGACGAACAGUCCGUUAGCCAAUACGUUGCCAAAGGCCGACACGAGCUGAACAUGUUGUUUACCGGGGACAUUGUGGACAUGGACUUUGGCGCGAACGGCAAAUAUGAGCGCGACGAUUUCCACCCUCGCAAGAUUCGCAAGAUCACCAAUAUGUGGCAAGGCGCCAUGCCCAAGUUUGACGGGUGGAACACUGUUUACCUGGACAACCACGAUAGCGGCCGGUCUCUUUCACGGUAUGCCUCCGAUGCCCCAGAGCAUCGGUCUACGGCGGCGAAGAUGCUGGCAACGUACAUGAUGUCGCUGAGCGGGACGCCAUUCCUGCUUGCCGGACAGGAGAUUGGAAUGGCCAAUCUGGCCAAAAACUAUGGGGCAGAGGCCUACAUCGACGUGGAGGGGAAGAACUACUAUAAUGAAGUGCUCCAGACUCGAGGCGGAGAUACCUCGAAAAUGGCCGAUGUCCUCCGGGAGAUGCAGCUGAAGUCGCGAGAUCAUGGACGAUUGCCGAUGCAGUGGGAUGAUUCUCCGAAUGCGGGGUUCACGACGGCGGAUUCGAAGCCUUGGAUGACAAUCAAUAAAGAUUAUGUGGAUUGGAAUGUGGCCAGUCAGAUUGAUGAUCCUGAAAGUAUCAUGGCGUACUGGAAGAGGAUGAUUGCUUUGCGGAAAGAUUAUUCUGAUCUUCUUGUUUAUGGCUCUUAUAUUCCCCUGCCGGAGACUUUGACGGGUGAGAUGGUUCUCGGUUAUGAGCGGUAUUCGAAGACGACCGGGCAGAGAGCACUUGUGCUUUUGAAUUUCUCGGAUCAGGAGCAGAUAGUUGUUGCGAAAGAGUAUGCAGAGUAUACGGACUCUUCUAUUCUUGUUUCUAACCAGGAGGUUGAGGAGAGCGUUGGGAGCGAGGUCGCACUCAGGCCUUUCGGUGCCGUGAUUAUUCUCAAGCAUGAGUAG